AUGGCUGCCACCGACGACCUCUCGCGGGCCGAGUACCCAGCUAUGCUGGCCAACCUCCAACCAACCCAAGCCGUGCAAACAUUGUCCGACCGAGUCAAGCGCAUCACGAAAGUCAACAACGAGAUCGCCGACUGGCUCCAGUACGUCGCCGGCCUGCGAAAGCUGCUUGUCUUCAAGGUGCCCAACGCGUCAUCCGAGCUUGGGUUGGCACCAUGGGAUAAGAUCCUUCAGUCUACCGACGCCAUUGCUGCAUCCCAUCACUUGCUCGCUCAGCGCAUCGAGAAAGAUGUCGAACACUCCUUACGAACCUUUCAGAACAAGAAGGAGAUGCAGAAUAUCCAGAACAUCGGCGCGAACCUCCAGACUAUGGCCAGAGAGUUGGACGAUGCCGCCGAAAAGUCGGAGAAGCUGUCCAAGAAGGGCGGCAAGGCUAAUGCCCAAAAGGUGGAUCAAGCGGCAUCCAGGUUGGAAGCUGCCAACCAGCAAUGGGAGUCGCAGGCGCCCUUCAUCUUCGAAACGCUUCAAGCUUUGGACGAGCAGCGCAUCAACCACUUGCGCGACGUGCUGACCCAAUUCGAGACACACGAGGUGGACCAGGCAACGCGAACCCAGGCCGCUGCCGAAGAGGUGCUGAACAUGAUGCUGGAGGUCAACACUGCCAAGGAGAUCGAGAACUUUGCGAGCAAGGUCACGGCUGGGAAGCCAAAGAUUGAAAGGAGGUCGACCAACACGAGGGCCUCCAACGUCACCACGCCAACCGCAGCAGCCCCCCCUAGCGUUCACGGCGGCCACGACGAUGAUGUUACUAGCGAACACUCCUUCCAACACCAGGGACACCCGGAAUCGAAACUCCGGAGUCGGAUCGGCACCAUGUUGGGACGCCGACGACAGAGUGUCCAUGCCGGGUUUGGGCAAAUAUCUCCUCAGAAGGGACUCGGCCCAUUUUCUCGGAACCUCGGAAGCAGCCAUGGCCACGCCCUGUCACCGAGAUCUUCGUCUCACAACUUGAACAAUGACUCUCAGAAUAGAUUAUCGUCCGUUGUCGAGACUCCCAAGAGCCCGGGUGCCGCGGAUCAUCGUGACUCGACAGCGGAGAAGGAGAAUGCCAGGGCUUCACAUGAGGGUCCUAACGGCACGAACGGGGUCACUGGUGGGGAUGGCAACAAGGAUGUGCAGUCAUCCAGCCUUCUGAAUGGAACCGCCGAGGACAUCUUUGACGUUCAGCCACCUCCAGGGCCUCCGCCAGCGCAGCAAAAGGAGGAACCAUCAAAGGAUGCUGAAGGGUUCACGAUUCCAGGUGCCAUGAACGAUCCCAUCUCUCGGGCCCAGAGGGAGGCGGCGGCCGAGGAGGGGGAUCACAUGUUUAAGCUCAACAUCCAAAACGAGCCCAUCGCCGAGGAGGACCAGGAUGCGAAGCAAGCAGCCUUGUCCAAUGUGGCCAGUGUUCUGACGACCAUGGGGGCGCCUGCUAGAAAGACGGGUACUGUCCGUGGCAGGAGAGAUGUAAGAAAUACGGUUUACAUGCCAGCCCCAACACACGAAGUACCCGGGAGCGCAUUCCCGCCAUCACCAUCACUACCUCCCACGACACUGGCAAGGCCCACGCCGCCGUUCUCGACAGAAGGGAGCCAUACCUCUCGUGCUUCCGACACCCAGUCGAUCCGCUCAGGCACAUCGCUUGGCGGCGUAUCAUCCUACAGCGGUUUUGCUAGGCUGCGGCACCCGGACAUGCACGGAUCCGAGCAUCCGACCGGCCUGAACUCGUCAGUGAUUGAAUCGGUGUCUGCCAUCUUUGAAGAGGGCGAGGUCAAGUCUGUCAAGGUGACGGGCGAGAUUGCGUUGUCCUACAACCCUGACCCCGACGCUGCCCAGCCAGACCACGAAACCAUCAAGCUUAACAAGUUCUCGCUGCUCGAAUCCAUCGGUCCUAACCGCACCUUUGUCGGCAACACGAUUUCGCCCGAUGAGUUUACGGUCGAUGUUUCGCACCUCGGCAGCACAACCACCGCCUUCACCUACCGCGUCCACUCCGAUUCGGAUACGGCUUUAGCCAGCCAGUGUCCGAUUGUCAUACACCCCGUAUGGAAGCCUCAAGGUGACAAGCUUGGUCUGCUGCUGCAAUACCGCCUCAACCCGGCCUCGAACCUGCCCCGCCCAGUAACACUCUCGAACCUCUCCUUCGUAGCAACAUACGAAGGUGCCAAGGCAAGCGGCGUGCAGACCAAGCCCUCGGGCACGCACCUGAAGGACAAGCACCUUGUAUACUGGCGCCUCGGGGACGUCACCCUGACCCAAGACUGGGGCAAGAUCAUCUGCCGGGUAAUUGGAGAACAAAACGCCGAGCCACAACCGGGUCAUGUGGAAGUGAGGUGGGAGUACACAUCUAAUGAAUCGGAAGGGCCAGGAACAGGCAGUGGGAUUUCGGUAGCCAGAUUAGGGGAGAGCAAGGGCAAGGAGAGGGAACUGGACGAGGAAGACCCGUUUGCUGAUGCGGGGAGCUUGGCGAGUCCGAAGGACACGAGGAGGUGGGUUGACUUGCCAGUGGUGAGGAAGAUGGUGGCGGGGAAGUAUAUGAGUCGAAGUGAGUCGAAGUGA